CUGACAUUUAAUGAAAGCAUCUAAAACAAUGUCAUCUAGUCGUUCACAUCAAUAAACAAGAUCGUUUAUACUUAAUACAUUGUAAGAAUUUUUAUUUAUAGAAUAUAUUUUAGGGACAAUUCUCAAGAAACAAUAAUGAUGUAGAAAUCACCUUCUGAAAAUAAGUUAGUCUAAACUUAAAAAGCAUAUAUUAUGAUAUAACCAAAACUCGUCGAAAUAUUUGAUGAGAAUAAAACUAAAAAAACAGAGUUACGCUUUGAGAACUCUAUUUCUCAGUUAAAAACUGUCAAUAUAAUAUAAGGAAAGGGAUAAGACAAUAAAGAGAUUCCAAUUACUAGUGAAAGAAAAUAGAAUAGAAAGUAAUCAAUGAAGUAAGUUAGUUAAUUAAAUUUAUAGACAAUCCUUGAGGAUAAUUACUUAACUUUGA